UCCGCAGUCUCCCAGCAUCCUCCCACAUCACUACAGCAGCUGGCAGCUGGCUCAGGGAGACGCGACUGCGGAGAAGUCUGAACUGUAGUCAAGUGCAGCCGCACAUACUGAGAAUCUGCAGCCGACAUAUAUGCACAUUUAAACUUCCUAAACGUGUGUGUGUUAUUCUGGAGGAUCACCUCACAGCUACAACGCAUGGGGCGUUUCCUGUGCUAAGUAAGACGCAGUCUUUCUUCGUCUGUAGCGCCGUGUGUGCAUCUCUUACGUCCGGACACACCCAUAUAGGCAUCAUGCGCAUCCGCUCAUAUAUGUGAGCUGCCAUUUCCAUCAGACCGGCGGGUAAUCACGACCACAGACAGCGUUUAGCAAGCCAGAUUUACCCCCAGAGGGCUUCUGCUGUUACAUACAGCAGCCACUUCAGUUCUGCGUACUGCCUUACGGAACACGAAAACUGAGUGUAAGCUAUCGGUCGGAAAAAUAUGGUCAAUGAACGACAGAUCGUACCAAUGAGGCAGGUGGGAGAGGUGCACGUAGAAGGAGAGAUGACUCCUGUAGCAUACAUGUGUUACGCACAGUCCCCCGUCGACUGUGCUAUGUGGACAGCUGACGUCGUUAGGUCGAAUGUCAACGACCUACUUGGAACCGCCAAGCCCGGAGACAGAGCUAUUGUGAUUAUUGAUACAUCGGGUGCUAAUAGUAAAGUCAUGAAUCCAGCGCUGCUGAAUGAGCUCUUUCCCGCUCAACUUCACCUCGGUCUGUGGAUCUACGGAACCUCUGAGUACCAAAAGGCAUUGGGCGAGUUCAAAAAGACUUACAAGGAGAAAGCUGGCAAGGUGCGUUGCAUGCACAGGAAUGCAUUCAUCUCUGACGCGUCGCCACCAGAUGAGGGGUUUCUCAGUGAGCUCUACAAGUCGCUCCAGGGAGAGGGCUUCCAUUUCUCCGAGAAACUCGUCCAUUGGUUGGCCGAGGAGGUGAAACUAAACAGAGAGUUGGCCGACAGCGAAGUUGCUCAGGAGGGCGAUCGCCCGCAGAAGCGAUACAAAGAGGCGCCGCCAAAAGGCACCCACGAUCCCCGAGGGGUUCUCAGCUGGUGAUGGCAGCCUCUCACACCCCAUGCGCGGCGCACCGUCAGGCGCGGUCGCUCAGGCUUGCUGUUAGAGCCCGCGGGAAUCAAAUGCCGUGAAGUAUCGAUAUGUAAGUUCGUGCUUGAGGAUGCUUUAUGCUCUUAUAUCUCCUCCACGCCUCGGCCGAUUCCGCUGUAAGCUAGCGGAGCAGUUGCGGCGAGCAGAAACAAAUAUUGCUAGUCACGCCAAGUGGCUGUAUAUCAUCAGGUAAAAGCCAGGUGCAAUGUAUUCGUUACUGACUGCAGGCGAUUGCGUCACGUAGCUAGCCAAAGAAGUACCUGUAUGUGUGGCAUUAGAGUAAUUUAUUUUACGUUUUUCUUUUGGCAGUUUUCUAUACAAACUGUCGGCUUUUCACUUGUGAUAUCGGUUAUUUAUGCAGUAUUCUGUUUGGGGGGUCCUGAUUCAUAUUGUUAUAUAAUAUACAUAUAUAUUUAUAUAUUACGAACUAUGUUAUUCGAUAGCUUACGUGUCAGUGAAUUUAUAUUCACCAUACCUCGGUAUUGAACAGAGUGAACUUCUAUGAUGGGUCACGCAAAUCCAGACAACUAACAGCAAAACGCUUUCCACUGGCACUGCUCGGAUAGAGCAGAUAUGAGGAUUAAAUGAAGGCCACAUAGCUCAUAUCGCAUGUCAUAUUCUUCAUGCUCGUGCCACAACGCAAAUACCAUAUAAUAACAAUAUAAUACCAUAUAAUAACAAAAUUAACGAAAGCAAUUCAUCCGUAGUAGCAGCUUUGCUGGCCACAAACAACUCGAGUAAUUGUGUGUAUUGUGAUGUAGUUACCCCUGUGUCUAGUCACAUUAUAAUCAAAUAUAAAGUAUAAUGUAAAUGCUGUUUUGAAGUCUCAGUAAACCAAAGUUGUGCACAUC